AAACUAUUACAAACUGUUUUUACCAUACUGGCUUGUUUGACUAUAAAAUAACUGCCUUUAUUUAUAAAGUCUAUCCAAAUAAAGAAGAUUCAUCUGUUCUUACAAAGUUGAAAGAAUCACUCAAAAUGUUGUCCUUUUGCUAUCUUAUAAGCCUUGCUCAUUAUACAAACCCAUCAGAAGAAAUAGAUUUGAUAUAUCAAGAAUUUACAGAUGCUAACUUAUUAGCAUUAACAACUCCAGAAAAUGAUAAUGAUGCUGAUAGUAUAAAUAACAGUAAUUCUUCUUUUAUUGCAUCUUCAAACUUUGUUAAACUCAAUGCUAUAUAUAUUGUGAUUAGCCUUCUUGACACAAUUAUUUCUAAUCACAAUGCAGUAUUUAGAAUAUUGCAUUUAUUGCAACAAGACAUUCAGCUUCAAGUUUUCUUCUUAAAGGUUCAAGCAACAUUAGGUAGCUUUAUACAAGUAGAAUAUCAGAUAAGAGUUUUACUUAAUUAA